AUGAACGAAGUAUCAUUCGUCAAGUCUUUUCUCUCAGCACUCGACUCUCGACCCAUCAAGCUCCGCUCCGACCAUGUCUUCGACCCAGCGCAAGUCGGACUACGUGUCCCAUAUACCCUCCCCCGCCUGAACGCAGCCCACCCCGAAAUGCCCAAGAAGACCAAACAACCGCUCGCCCCGGGCUCCUCAAAAUCCAUAACCGUGCACCUCAAAUCAGCCCGCAACCCGGCCCUCGAAUUCUCUCUCCCCAACACCGCCCUCGCCACGACCUCCGUACAGGAUCUCAAGGACGCCGUGCGCGAGCGCGUAACAGACGCCCAGGGCAACAAAGUCUCCCUCGACAAGAUCAAGAUCCUGUACAAGCGCAAACCCGUAACGGGGAAGACCAUCGCGGAGGUUCUUGCUGAUGAGCCGGGGAUGCUAUCUGGUGGGAAGGAGGUCGAGUUCGGCGUUAUGAUCAUGGGCGGGGCGCAGGUUGCGCCGAGUGCGGGGGCGGGUGAAGGGGCAGGUGCUGAGCAGAGGGAGAGUUAUGAGCCUCCCAAGCCGGCUGUUGGGCCUAGUGGGGAGAGUGUUGUGGCGACGGAGGCUUUCUGGGAUGAUUUACAGGGCUUCUUGGAGCAGAGAUUGAAGGACUACGAUGAGGCGAAUAAGUUGAGGGUGCUUUUCAAGGAAGCUUGGAGGUCGAGUCUCUAG